UUUAGUGGGUGUGUGUUUGUGUGGAAACAAAAAGAUAAAACAAAAAACCUCAAAUCACUCAAGAACGCUGCGGUUCCCAUUAAAUCUAAAUUAAUAAGUGAAAAACUCAACGAAAUAGUGCAAGUGGCGGCCAGCGCUCCAAGGCAGGGCCAACCCAGCAACACACACAGUGAUAUAAGCAGAGUACAAAACAGUCGCGCCUGCCAGACAAAGGAUAGGUGAAAACGCAUACUCCACACACCAAAACACAUACACGGCACUUACUCACGACUCACGAUGUCAACCGGAAGGCCCAUAAAAUGUGUUGUGGUCGGUGACGGCACUGUCGGAAAGACCUGCAUGCUAAUCUCCUAUACGACAGACUGUUUUCCCGGCGAAUAUGUGCCCACAGUAUUUGACAACUACUCAGCACCAAUGCAAGUGGACACAAUACAGGUCUCCCUGGGCCUGUGGGACACGGCGGGACAGGAGGACUACGACCGACUGCGACCGCUCUCCUACCCUCAGACAGACGUCUUCCUGAUAUGCUACAGCGUGGCGAGCCCCUCGUCCUUCGAAAACGUCACAUCGAAAUGGUAUCCGGAGAUAAAACACCACUGCCCCGACGCGCCCAUCAUUCUAGUUGGAACCAAAAUCGAUUUGCGCGAAGAUCGAGAGACACUGAGUGGCCUCGCUGAGCAGGGGCUGACGCCACUGAAGCGCGAGCAGGGCCAGAAGCUGGCGAACAAGAUACGCGCUGUGAAAUACAUGGAGUGCUCCGCCUUGACGCAGCGUGGCCUCAAGCCGGUGUUUGAGGAAGCGGUGCGCGCAGUGCUUAGACCAGAGCCGUUAAAGCGACGCCAGCGAAAGUGUUUAGUUAUGUAAAUAAGGUAACAUGUUAUUGGCGACAAAGAUUCUUCGGAAGCGGCAAGUAAGCCGGCGAGACGGCCGACAUAGACACUCACGCAGCGUCCUCAUCGACAAAUCAAACAACAGAACUCAUUCAUUGGGCAUCAUAUUUAUUUACAUAAGUUUAAAAUUACUCCUAAUGUACCAGUCUCUUAGCGACCCCGAUAAGCAGCUCUAAAGCAACGAUAAAUUCCGCGUGAAAUGAUGCGAGGGAAUCCCGAAAUUCGCGCGAAAUCGUUCAUGAGUGUUUCUUAUGGGGGGCCAUUAAGAGUGAAUAUUUUUGGCACAAAAAAACAAAUCCCUCCCGCGACAACUAAAACAGCAUCGUAAACUAAAUCGGAACAACACAGAAUCGUAAAUCUAAUGCAGCUACAUAUGUAGAAAUCUAGUCAAUUGAAUCGAAUGUAUUGUACUAAUAGUAACAAGCAGCGAGUGCACAUUAUAAGAACCGCAGCCAACUCACAGCUAAAAAUUGGUUUCGCAUAUCACGAG